UUCUCCGGCUACUUAUAAUCGCAGGGGCUUGGUAUCGUCGUAGCCGACCAUAGCGAUCAUGGCCGAGCCCGGCAAAGUCGUGCCGUGGCGGCAGUGGGUGUUCCCCAACUUGGCGGCGGUGUUCACCAACUUCGGUUCGUUGUGGUUCCUCCUGGCGCCGCUGCUCGCAGCCUACGCGCCGCGCCGGCUGUUCCAGACCUACUUCAACCUCUUCAUCCGCCGGCGCGCCCGGCGGCUGCUCAACUUCGUCGACCCCUACGUCACCGUCGACAUCUCGGAACCCGGCACGGACGUGCGCUACUCCAGAUACGGCCCCGUGACCGAGAGCGACAGCACCUACGAGGAGGUCGAGGCGUACCUGAGCGGCGCGUGCUCGCAGGACGCGCGUGAGCUCCGCGCCGAGGGCGCCAAGGAGGGCGACGGCCUCGUGAUCAGCAUGCGCGACGGCCAGGACGUCGCCGACGAAUUCCAGGGCGCCACUCUGUGGUGGCUGUUGGUGCUGGAGGAUGGGGACAGGCAACGGGAGGCCAAGAGGCGGUGCCAGCGCCUCACGUUCCACCAACGCCACCGCCAGCUCGUCGUCGACGACUACCUUCCGCACGUCCGCCGUCGAGGCCGCGAGAUCCUCUUCAGCAACCGCCGGCGCAGGCUCUACACCAACAACAAAUCAGUCGACUACUUCAGCUACGAUUACAAGGCAUGGAGCUACAUCGACUUCGACCACCCGACGACGUUCGAGACGUUGGCCAUGGACCUGGCCAAGAAGCGGGAGAUCAUGGAGGACCUCGACACGUUCCGGAACAACAGAGACUACUACAGGCGCGCCGGCAAGCCGUGGAAGCGCGGCUACCUCCUCUACGGACCGCCGGGCACCGGCAAGUCCACCAUGGUCGCCGCCAUGGCCAACCACCUCGACUACGACAUCUACGACGUCGAGCUCACCGUGGUGAACAGCAACAACGACCUCCGCAAGCUGCUCAUCGAGACCACCAGCAAGUCCAUCAUCGUCAUCGAGGACAUCGACUGCUCCCUCGACCUCACCGGCGACCGCGCCGGGCGGCGACGACCCAGCCACGACAGGCACAUGGAUGACAGGCGCGGUAACACGGUGACUCUGUCCGGCCUGCUCAACUUCAUCGACGGGCUGUGGUCGGCGUGCGGCGGCGAGCGUAUCGUCGUGUUCACCACGAACCACGUUGACAAGCUCGACCCGGCGCUGAUCCGGCGCGGCAGGAUGGACAUGCACAUCGAGAUGUCCUACUGCGGAUUCGAGGCGUUCAAGACCCUCGCCAAGAACUACCUUGACAUCGACGCGCACCAGCUGUUCGGCUCCGUUGAGCAGAUACUGCGGGAGGUGGACCUCACGCCGGCCGAUGUCGCCGAGUGCCUCAUGACGGCCAAGCGUGCAGGGUCCGGUGAGCCUUCUUCCCACCUUGAGAUCUUGAUCGAGGAACUGAAGAAGAGGGCAGAGGAGAAGGCAAAGGCCGAGGCAGAGGCGAAGGCAAAGGCUGAGGCAGAGGCGAAGGCAAUGGCGGAGGCAGCGGCCAAAUUGGACCGUGACGAUGUACGGGAAGAGGAAGAUGAAAAAUAAAUUUGAAAGUGAGGAUGCACGAGAAUUUUAAGAAUAAGAAUUAUAUUGUUAACAAUGCUCACAAAAUUUAUUUUAGCGUGUGCGCAAAAUUCUUCAAUGGAUGUGCAAACAGGGUCUUCGAAGAAUCGAAUUGAAGCUCGAUCUGGUAAACGGUAAAAUGCCACACAAGCCAGCAAGAGGAGGUUUUGCUCCGUUUUUCUAUGCGUGCCUUACACUCAAAACCAGAUGUGUGAUGGAAAUUGUUCAUGUCAGUGACACUUGAAAGUGUCUUUCAAAAUCAAGACCCCAUUUGCAUAUUA